AUGGAGGUUGAAACCUCUGGGUCUAACGAUGGGCUCUCGGCUACCACUGGCCUGGCGGAAAGUGCAGAUGCGGCGGGGGGUUGUCGAGGCUCGCGUAAAAGUGGCCGGUGGUGGAAGGAUCCUAGGAAAGAGAAAACUUCAAAUCUUGUAAAGGUGAAGCCACUGAAGUCUUCAUGGAAAAAUAAGAUGAAGUUGAAAAGCGGUUCAGAGAAUGUUAAGAAGUUGCAAACAGAGAUAAGGGAAAAGAUGGCUGCAGAGAAGGCGGCGUUGGUAGAAGCCAAGAAGGAAAGUGAAAGAAGGCGUCAAGAAAAUUUAAGAAAAGCAGAAAUUGUGCAAGUAAUAAAAAACGUUCACAAAUUGAAACGGGCAAAGAAGAAGCAGCUACGGAUGAUUGAGAAACGAGAUACUAAUGGAAUGUGA